CCGUGUGCUGCAGCGGCGGCGGCGGUAGAGGCGGCGGUAGCGGGCUCGGGGGCAGCGGUUGGGCUCGCGGCGAGCGGACGGAGUUGAGUCAGUGCGUUCACGCGAGUUGGAAUCGAAGCCUCUUAAAAUGGCAGAUGAUUUGGACUUCGAGACAGGAGAUGCAGGGGCCUCAGCCACCUUCCCAAUGCAGUGCUCAGCAUUACGUAAGAAUGGCUUUGUGGUGCUCAAAGGCCGGCCAUGUAAGAUCGUCGAGAUGUCUACUUCGAAGACUGGCAAGCACGGCCACGCCAAGGUCCACCUGGUUGGUAUUGACAUCUUUACUGGGAAGAAAUAUGAAGAUAUCUGCCCGUCAACUCAUAAUAUGGAUGUCCCCAACAUCAAAAGGAAUGACUUCCAGCUGAUUGGCAUCCAGGAUGGAUACCUAUCAUUGCUCCAAGACAGUGGGGAGGUGCGAGAGGACCUUCGUCUGCCUGAGGGAGAUCUCGGCAAGGAGAUUGAGCAGAAAUAUGACUGUGGAGAAGAGAUCCUGAUCACGGUGCUGUCUGCCAUGACAGAGGAGGCAGCUGUUGCAAUCAAGGCCAUGGCAAAAUAACUGGCUCCCAGGGUAGCAGUGGUGGCAGCAGCAGUGAUCCUCAAGCCUGCAGAGGCCCCCUCCCCCGGCCUGGCUUGGCUCUGGCCAGGCAGGGCUGGACUCCUACACAAUUUAUUUGACGUUUUGUUUUGGUUUCCUCCACCCCAACAAUCUGUCGGGGAGCCCUUGCCCUUCACCCAGCUCCCUUGGCCAGGAGUAAGAAAGCCAUGGCCUUGGUGAAGCUGCCCUCCUCUUCUCCCCUUGCACUACAGCCCUGGUGGGGGAGAGGGGGUGGGUGCUGCUUGUGGUUUAGUUGUUUUUUU